AUGACCUCUGAAAAGGACCGCCUCCUUCCAUGUUUUGCUUCAGUAAUUUACAACAAACCUUUGAACAGCGAGAAUCUUGUUUAUUUCUGGACACGUGUUUCUAUAAAAGGCUUUUCCCGGACAGGCACAAAGGCUAUCAUGAUCAGCCACCCUGAAUCAUCUGGACAAAAUAUGAAAUUCGUCGGCAUAGAUGUUCCUUUCUUCAUUCUCCUCACCUACACUGCUCUUUGUAAUGCAGGAGCUCAAGACUCUUGCUCACACCGAUGUGGGGAGCUGCUUGGUACCUGUUCCUGCCAGGUGACGUGCCAGUCCUUGGGGAUUUGCUGUCCUGAUUACAAAGAAUUUUGUCUUCAGAUUUCUCCAUACUCAGGAUCUCUGAUGGGAGGCAAAGACUUUUUGAUUGAAAAUACAGCUUUUAAUGCCUCUUCUGUGCUAACAUGCAGGUUCAAGCAGAAAAUCAAAACCAGUGGCUAUGUCGCUAAGGACGGAAAAGCCCACUGCAUUUCCCCAUUGCUGUAUGAGACUGGCUUCAUCCCUUUUGAAGUUUCUACAGAUGAUGGGCUGACAUUUCCGUACUCUGGAACUUGGUUAUCAGUACAUCACAGCAAAGUUUCAGAUGGCGAAAAAUGUACAUUGGUAAAUGAGACAAAAUGGCAAUACUAUGGCACCCCCAACACUGAUGGAAACUUAACUCUUACCUGGACACACCAGGCGCUUGCAGCAACUUGCAUCAACAUAGAAGUCUGGGGAUACCAGGAAACAGGUGACAGUUACUCGGAAAAUUGGUUGGCCGAAUGGAAAUACCUUUAUACUCUGGCAAGAGAAAUCCCCAAUACUGGGAAAUUUUCUUUCAUCCCUGUACCCGCUAAAGGAAGCUACAGUACGUGGGACUUCGGAAUUCUGAGAAUUACACCCAGCAGCUAUUCUGAUGGGCAGAGCAACAUUCCAUCUGUGUGGAGCUCAGAGCAUGCAUUGGCUUGGCACCUUGGGAAAGACUUCAGAAAUGACCCAAGUGCAUGGGCAACUGCCAAAUGUAUAGAGUGGGACAGAAAGGAGGAGAAGCUUCCAAACUUCAUGGAAGAAAUUAUAGAUUGCCCUUGCACCUUGGCACAGGCAAGAGCUGACACUGGCAGGUUCCACACAGAUUAUGGCUGUGACAUUGAAAAGGGGAGUGUGUGUACUUACCACCCUGGUGCUGUGCAUUGUGUAAGAGCCAUUCAAGCCAGUCCUCAGUAUGCUGCAGGCCAGCAGUGUUGCUACGACUCCACGGGGACCCAAAUGCUCAUACAUGACUCCCUAGGAGGCAGCACACCUGAUCGAGGCCAUGACUGGGGUUCACCACCUUUCAUGAAGCCUCCCCGGAUACCUGGAUUUUCCCACUGGCUUUACGAUGUCAUCAGCUUCUAUUACUGCUGCUUGUGGUCUGAUAAUUGUCACUUCUAUAUGAAAAGGCGGCCCUCCAGUGACUGCAGGAUGUAUCGCCCACCUCGAGCCGCAUCUGCUUUUGGGGAUCCUCACUUCCUCACAUUUGAUGGUCUGAACUUCACCUUCAAAGGCCAAGGAGAAUACACGUUGAUAGAGUCUGAUCUCACAUCCCUAAGAGUGCAAGGGAGGACACAACAGGCACACUUUCCCAAUGGAACUGGGGCUCAGGUGACAGGCUUGUCUGCAGUGGCCAUGCAGGAGAACAACUCUGAUGUGAUCGAAGUACGCUACUCAGAGGAUUUGAAUCUGGAGGUCCUGUUGAACAAGAAGGUCAUCAACUUCUCUGAGCAAAGUUGGAUGGACCUGAAGGGUCUCUUUCUGCAUUCUAAUGAUCAGAAAUUCACAGUGAUGUUCUCUUCUGGGUCUGGAGUGGAAAUACAGGGAAGCGGAGGAUUUCUGACCUUAACAGUUCUGCUCCCAGAGAAGUUUAUGAAUCACACACAGGGUCUCUUUGGUGUAAUGAAUGGCAAGACAGAGGAUGAGUAUACCUUCAAGAAUAAAACCACCAUGUCAGUUCAUGCAAGUCCCCAGCAGUUGUUUGAGUUUGGAGCUAACUGGGCUGUUCAAAAUGGAACUUCUCUCUUUACUUACGACACGGAGUUCUUACUGAACAAUUUCUUUUAUGGGGAAAAGCACAAUGCUUCCUUUCUGCCCGAGUUCUUUCCUUACGAAGACCCUGCUGAUCCCUUGGUGAAAGAGAUGAUCUCACUCUGUGACUCUGACCCGUUCUGCAGAUUCGAUGUCCUGACAACAAGAAGCCUUCAAGUGGGAAGUUCCACAAGACUAUCUCAUCAGAAUCACAAGCUGCUGGUAGAAAAUCUAGAGCCAGUGAUCUCUUGUGGCUGGCUGGAUCAUCCAACCAACGGAAGAAAGAAUGGAACUAACUACCUGCUGGGUUCAACCAUCCGUUUCAUCUGCAAUCAGGGCUAUGAACUCACUGGGUCAAAGGAAAGAAUUUGCCAAGUGACGGGGGCCUGGUCUGGAGACACACCCAGUUGCGUCCUGAGAACAGACAUCAAACAAGUAAUUCUUCUUGGCUGUGUAUUUGGAAUAGUCGGUCUUGCAGUCCUAGCACGUCUGACUUUCUUAUGUAGAAAAGAGAGACAAAAAGGCAACCAGAAACUUCUUUCAGAGGUUCCAGUUGUAUCUGAACGAAACAAUGAAAUUCCAGAGGAGUUUUUAAUGAAAUACAGAAAAAGCAUAGCGGAGGAUUAA